CCACCAUCUCCCGAGUCUCCCUUGCUGCUUUCCACACCUCUUUGAACCGUAGCUCGUACAAUGACCGACGCUGUACCUCAGAGCGACGUCUCUCGCCCGUCUGCUCUGCCCACGGCCCAUCUCCUUCAGCGCCCUAUCCAACCGCUCGUCGACCAAAACUCGAACGAGUACUUGGAUGCCAUAGAGGAAGAGUGGAACAAGAAGGUCGAUCUUGAGAUUGACACUCUGGUGGAUGGGAUGGUGGAUCUUGUUGGACUGGCUUCGAUCGGCGACAAGGACAAGUUCAGAAUCGCUCAGGAGGCCUACCAGGCAGAGUGCCGGGCAGAGUCUAUGAUACGUGCGGCGCAUUCGCUGGUGUCCAUUAUUCACUCUAUGAAGCUGCUUCUAUUGCUGUCCGACGAGUCGCAAAUCGCCAACCGCCGUGAUGCCGAAAUGCGGGACGUUCAGGCAGAGAAGGAGGAUCUGAGGCAACAGGUCGCAGCUAAGCUGGACGAUAUCCUCCAUCCCCGGCCCGCAGACCCACGGCCAGGAAGCCAUUGACGGGCGGAAGUCAGAAUGAUCGCAUGCAGUUCAAUUAUGACUAUGACUGGCACUGGUCCUAGGGCAUAUUUUACGGCUGUAUAAGGGACACGUCCGGUAUGCUGCCUAACGUGCAGUUCCGCCAUCCAGUCACCGCGGUGGCAUAGGGCCAUAGGCGACACGACAUCUUAGCCGAAUCCUUUCGCUUCCCAUCCGCAUGGACGGCUAGAACCUGCCCCGUCUCAUUGGAUGGACGGAGGAAUAUUACAUACGCCUCAUUGCACCAGUAGUAAGUACACGAUACUACUUACAAGUAGUCUCAGAACUAGGACAAUCACGCUCUUGUCGCGCAUAGUGGCCCCACCACCGCUGUAUUGCCUAUCGGAAUGCAUCAUGUCAAUGAUGAUGCUGCCCUCCCCAUCCAAAACCUCUGUAAACGAGAGUCAGCU